AUGUCUUCCAUGCAUGAUAUCGCUUCUCGUUCUUUGUCCGACUUUUCGACUUAUAAUAAGCCCAUGCUCAGUUAUGCGAUUGAGACUGUAUCGAUGAAUAAGACGUCUCACGGAUAA